ACCUUCUCCACCACGAUCCACUAGCGGCUGAUCCAAAUGGGUCUAGCCUUCAGCCAUGAUGAUGAGUCUGAGGGUGUCAGCUUCCACCAACCGUUGCCAGAGGUUGUGGUUGUGAGCCGAAGGACCUUCCUUUCCCAUCUCCGAAACCGUUCUUUCGACAGUUGGGAAGAGCUGGUAGAUGCUUUACCCGAUACUGCACCGCAAGGCAGCAGCGAAACCGUUGUGAAAUGCGAUCCUGUGGACAUUUGUACCUGGGUUGCGACUUUCUUAAUCCAGUCCUGCAUGUGGGGCCUUGUGGUCUACUUUGCGGACCAAAGCAUGGUCCUGGGAGCGUUCUUCUCCGCCGUCUACACGGUGGUUUUAUGGCUCUGCGUCGAUCAAUUGCUUCCCCGAAACAUGGCUGGCAAGCUUUGGCCCAACCUCCCAGUGGCAGUUGGAGCCACUGGGACUCUGUUCUUGUUGUGUCUGCAACAGGAUGAAGAGAAUGAGAUAUCCCCGCUUGGAGUCAUGUGUUGUUGCAUCUUGCCUGCAACCAUCGCGACCUUGUUUUGGAUGAGAAAGCUUCCUGAAGAUCCUGACCGUGCAACGCUGGUCACCAACCUCUUUCUUGAGAUUUGGGCAGCCACAAUUGCACUUCGCAUGAUGAUCACGGGAGAAGAGAGCCUUUCAGUAGCAUCAUAUUCUGACUUCGCCAGUCUGACAUGCAUUGGAACCAUUUGGGUGAUCAUCUCCGUCCUUUUGUACCAGUACCCAAGCGCUUGGGCAUCAGUGGAACUGGUGACCUGGACUUUGAACGUUGGGGUGCUGGGUGUCGGAGCUGGCACUGCAGGCCUGCUGGCCACCUUCGCGAUUCAACAUCAUCACUGGGAGCUGAUGGGUUGGGUUCCUUUCUCCAUCAUCAAUGCGGCGACUGGCUUCCUGGGCUUCAAGAUGCAGCGCAGCUUCCCCGUGUUGCUGAGUGCCUUGGCCCUGGCCGCCGUGUCCAUGCGCGCCAGUGUGUUCAUCUCUGACGUAACGGGCAACGCUGUGGCAGGCGUUUGCACCUUUGGCCUGCUGGGCUUUGCCGUGAUCGCAGCGGCGCGGGCAUUCGACAGGUCCUCCCAGGGCUUCACCGCCAAGGGUCGACAAGUGGAGCAAACUAGACAGCAGACUGGAGCAUAGUCGUGUGGGAUCUCGUGUACAGUCGAAGAUCCUGCACGCAAGACAGUACCCUCAACUAACUCGCAUGGGACAUUAGUUCCGCUUCCGCCAGGGAGUGUGAAAGUUUGUGCCUCGGCACAAAUCAGAGUUUCAACUGAUCAAUGUGAUGAUUACUAACA